AGGGAGGUUGGGGGGGGGGGCUGCUAUUACUAGUGACAGAAAACGGCAGCGAGCACAAACAGUCUGGAGGGGAGCUGAUGCGACAAGAUGCUGAGCGUCGCCCUGCUGUGUGUGUGCGCCGUCGCCUUCGGACGCGUCUCCGCUCGCUCCGACAGCGGCAAUUUUUUGGAUGAUAAGUGGCUCGCCGGGAGAUGGGACAAAUUCAGAGAUGAGCCUGGAACAUGGACCCCAUCCAAGCCCUUUGAUCAAGGCCUUGAUCCUGCCAAGGACCCCUGUCUGAAGAUCAAAUGCAGUCGGCACAAGGUGUGUGUGGCUGAGGAUUAUAAGACCGCCACUUGUGUCAGCCAGAGGAGAGUUAGUUUUAGAGAUGCCAAUUUGUACCAGAGUCCAGGGUCAAAGUGCAAACCCUGCCCUGUGGUUCACCCCUCUCCCGUUUGUGGAACUGACGGCCACACCUACUCUACAAAGUGUAAGUUAGACUACCAGGCAUGCAUCACGGGAAAGAAGAUCGCUGUGAAGUGUCCUGGCAUGUGUCCCUGCCCCUCUCAGCCUGAACAGAGCUCUGCAGAGAAGAAAGUGUGCAGUGAAUCGGACCUGAAGGAGGCGGUGAGUCGUCUGAGAGACUGGUUCAGAGUGCUGCAUGAGAACGGCAACCACAAGGGAGUCAAGAUCCAGAAGCCAGAGAAGAACAAGUUUGAGGUUGGGGCAUCGCCUAUUUGUAAAGACCCCCUGGGCUGGAUGUUCUCUCGCUUGGACACAAACUUUGACCUCCAGCUGGACCAAUCGGAGAUCAAGAGCCUUUACCUGGACAGGAACGAGCCAUGCUCUGAUACAUUCUUCAAAUCCUGCGAUACACACGCAGACAAAGUUAUAACCAGCUCUGAGUGGUGCACAUGCUUCCAGAGGUACACAGAUUCCCCUUGUAAAGCAGAGCUGUCCAGUAUCAACAAGAAGCAAGCGGGGAAGAAACUCCUCGGUCAGUAUCUGCCGUCCUGUGAUGAGGAAGGUUACUACAGGUCCCACCAGUGUCACAGCAGCAGCGGACAGUGCUGGUGUGUGGAUCGCUAUGGCAACGAGGUGGCUGGUUCGCGCACCCACGGCCCUGCAGACUGCGGCGUGAUUUUGGAGUCCUCUGGAGACCUCGGCAGCGGAGACUCGCUCCUCACUGAUGAUGAUGAAGGUUCGUUUGUCCUUAACGACCAGGCUAGGAUGGACGACGAGGACGACGAAGAUGAGGAUGAUGACGACGACAACGACGAAUAUCUGUCGUAAUUAAAAAAAAAAAAAAACAUAAAAAGAAAAAAGAGAAAACUGUUUUUUUGGUCAAUCUGCACGUUUCUAGGUGACUCCCCAGGCAGAUACUUAAUCGUACUAACAGCCUAUGGACUACUCUGUGUAUUGUUUGUUCACAAGUUAAAAAAAAAA